AUGUGUGUGUAUGCCUCCGCUGUCCGCCCGGUCCUGUCUCAGCCUGGUCCUGCCUCAGCCCGGUCCUGUCUCAGCCUGGUCCUGGCUCAGCCCGGUCCUGUCUCAGCCUGGUCCUGCCUCAGCCCGGUCCUGCCUCAGCCUGGUCCUGCCUCAGCCCGGUCCUGGCUCAGCCUGGUCCUGGCUCAGCCCGGUCCUGCCUCAGCCCGGUCCUGCCUCAGCCCGGUCCUGCCUCAGCCCGGUCCUGCCUCAGCCUGGUCCUGUCUCAGCCCGGUCCUGUCUCAGCCCGGUCUCAGCCCGGUCCUGUCUCAGCCCGGUCUCAGCCCGGUCCUGCCUCAGCCUGGUCCUGCCUCAGCCCGGUCCUGUCUCAGCCCGGUCCUGCCUCAGCCCGGUCCUGCCUCAGCCCGGUCCUGUCUCAGCCCGGUCCUGUCUCAGCCCGGUCCUGUCUCAGCCCGGUCCUGUCUCAGCCCGGUCCUGUCUCAGCCCGGUCCUGCCUCAGCCCGGUCCUGUCUCAGCCCGGUCCUGCCUCAGCCCGGUCCUGUCUCAGCCCGGUCCUGUCUCAGCCCGGUCCAGGCUCAGCCCGGUCCUGUCUCAGCCCGGGCCUGGCUCAGCCUGGUCCUGUCUCAGCCCGGUCCUGUCUCAGACCGGGCCUGGCUCAGCCCGGUCCUGUCUCAGCCUGGUCCUGCCUCAGCCCGGUCCUGUCUCAGCCUGGUCCUGGCUCAGCCCGGUCCUGUCUCAGCCUGGUCCUGCCUCAGCCCGGUCCUGCCUCAGCCCGGUCCUGUCUCAGCCUGGUCCUGGCUCAGCCCGGUCCUGCCUCAGCCCGGUCCUGCCUCAGCCCGGUCCUGCCUCAGCCCGGUCCUGCCUCAGCCUGGUCCUGUCUCAGCCCGGUCCUGUCUCAGCCCGGUCUCAGCCCGGUCCUGCCUCAGCCUGGUCCUGCCUCAGCCCGGUCCUGCCUCAGCCCGGUCCUGUCUCAGCCCGGUCCUGUCUCAGCCCGGUCCUGUCUCAGCCCGGUCCUGUCUCAGCCCGGUCCUGGCUCAGCCUGGUCCUGUCUCAGCCCGGUCCUGUCUCAGCCCGGUCCUGUCUCAGCCUGGUCCUGUCUCAGCCCGGUCCUGUCUCAGCCCGGUCCUGGCUCAGCCUGGUCCUGUCUCAGCCCGGUCCUGUCUCAGCCCGGUCCUGGCUCAGCCCGGUCCUGUCUCAGCCCGGUCCUGGCUCAGCCUGGUCCUGUCUCAGCCCGGUCCUGGCUCAGCCCGGUCCUGUCUCAGCCCGGUCCUGGCUCAGCCUGGUCCUGUCUCAGCCCGGUCCUGUCUCAGCCCGGUCCUGGCUCAGCCCGGUCCUGUCUCAGCCCGGUCCUGGCUCAGCCUGGUCUUCUCUGUGUUGUUCUGA